UGUGAGGACCGACAUCUGCUCCCAGAGACUCUUUAUGGGUACAGUGUGCGCUGUGCAUGUGUCAGACUACCGGCAGAGCUCUGCAUCCAUGUUUAUAUUAUACAGUAUGUGUGUGUUGGCGGCUUUCUCUGCACGAGUCUGGCUGUUGCUGCUUAUUGAGUGGUCCAGGUCUGCUACCUGGGUCUGUCCCUUAUUGGUUCACAACCUCAGCCUGUGACAGAGACAUCACUGUCUCACUCUGAUAACAUGGAGCCGCUUAAUGUUUAGCCCAAGAUCCACACACACACACACACACACACACACACACACACAGGGAAGCAGUAGGAUUACAAAGGUACAGAGACCCAUAUGCUGCCCACGGAUGGAGGCGAGACAGAGAACGCGAGGUAGCAAUGACCGAGGGACUGGGGUUGAGGAUGAAGCCCCAGCAGAGCCACGUGGGAGCCUCUUGGGUCGCCCUCUCUCGGCUGUAGUUCGUCUCUACGUGUACGCGCUGCACGGCUGCCUCUGUGAGGUGGCCUUCACCGCUGUGUGGGACUGGUGCAGCACCCAGGACAAGAGGCUGGCAGGGCACAGCAGCCUGUGGGCGCUGCCUAUGUACGCCACUGCAAUCUACCUCAUUGAGAGGCUGAGAGGCCGGCUGCUGGCUCAUCAUCUCCCACUGCCAGUGCGUCUGGUGGCCUACACCGGGUUCAUCUACCUAUGGGAGUUCAGCUGGGGGGCGGGGCUGAGGCUGCUGGGGGCCUGUCCCUGGGACUACUCCGGGUUCAGGUACAACCUGGGAGGACUGGUGACGCUGGAGUACGCUGUGCCCUGGGCUGUGGCAGCAUUUAUAGCAGAGCAGCAUGUGAUCAGGAACACUCUGAGGAUCAGACUGAACUGAAUCUGGAAUCAUGUGCUUCCAAAGGCAACUACAGAGCAUUUAUGGACAUUUUUGUUUAGGAACAACACCAGUGUGAGUUUUUGACUUCAUAAAGUUGCUGCACCCUCCUUAUCUCAUUUCUACCUUUGAGCUCUCAGUUUGGUAGCUUAAUGCAACUGACAGCUUUAAAUUCAUCGUUUGCUUUCUUCUCUCUGGUGUCUGUUGUAAAUGUGUAGCUGCAGCCAGCAACCUGUUAGCUUAGCUUAGCAUAAAGACUGGAAACGGGGUGAAACAGCUAGCCUAGCUCUGUCCACCUACCAGCUGUAGCUGUCAGGCUGUUUGCCCCUCUAUCCACUCUUUAUGCUAAGAUAAGACAACCGGCCUCUGACUGUUGUCUCAUGUUUACUGUAAAGACACGAGAGUGGUAUUAAUCUUCUCAUCUAACUCUAACAAAGUUUGUUUUUUUACAAAAUGUUGUACUGUUCCUUCAAGAGGUUUAAAUUUGAUGGAAUUCAUUAAAUAACAGACAUUUAGUAAAACGA